AGUAUAUUUGCGAUUGUAAAUCACGCCAGGUUUAUACCUAAACUUCAAAGACACUUUCAAAAUGCUGAAGUUUUACGCGAUGCUGACUCUCCUGACUCUCAAAAUCUCAGAUACAUCACGAGGACGUGGAUAAAACGCUUAAAAGAAGCUAAUGUACCAGAGGUAGAACAUUCAGUAAAAAUCAUCACAGAACAUAUCGUUGGCAAAGAGAGGUUGCUGGUUGGUAUGCCUUGGCCCUUGAGAUUUCUUCAGACCAGUUUAUCGUUAACCAGUUUUUGACGGAUGAUUUGUGCAAGGCAAUGUGAUUGUCAAGGUCAUCAUUAUCAUUUUCAUUGUCCUUUUCAUUAUCAUUGUCAUCCUUGUUAUUCCAGUAGUUGUCGUUAUCAUCAUCAUCAUCAUCAUCACCACCACCACCACCACCACCAUCAUCAUCAUCAUCAUCGUCAUCAUCACCAUCACCACCACCACCACCACCACCACCACCACCACCAUCAUCAUCAUCAUCAUCACCAUCACCAUCACCAUCACCAUCACCAUCACCAUCACCAUCACCAUCACCAUCAUCAUCAUCAUCAUCAUCAAUAUUGCCAUCAUUGUCAUCAUCAUCACCAUUACUUUCCAGUUCUUUAAUCAUAUAUGAGGAAAAAUAAGACAUGUCCUACACAAGACAUUUUAAAACUAGGACAAGAACUUACAAUGUAUGAGAAUAUAAGGUGCAGACUAUACUAGCCAAGCAGCAUCCUAUUUAAGAUGCCAAAGUAUUUUUUUAUGAUUUACACAAGAAGUUUGCGACUUAUUUAAGAUGUGUCUCGUGUAAGACAGGCCUUACUUUUCUUGGCAUAAAAGAUUUUUGUAUUUCACAGGAAAGAGUAAUAAUAAUAAUAAUAAUAAUAAUAAUAAUAAUAAUAAUAAUAAUAAUAAUAAUAAUAAUAAUAAUAAUUAUGCAUAGUAAUAAUAAAUAACAUUAUUAUAUCCCAUGCUAACCCCUUCCUAUACCCAUUAACCUAGAGAGAGUUAUCCCUCCUUUUAACAAGUGGGGUCUUGUUUAAAGUUGUAGAGAAAGGGUUUUAGUCAUUUAAGUCAUUUUUUGGUUGAUUACAUAUUAUAAGUGUUGUUGAUGUUUAUUUAGGCCUUUGAUCUCAAACAAAGUCAUCAGGGCUUAACAAAGGAAGAGGCGAGGAAGCUGAAUCAAUCAUGCCAGCAAAGAUUACAAAGGUGCUGAAUAAAUAGGCCCUGUUAGAGUAAAAUUCUGACAAGUGUCAUUGCCUUGAAAUGGGGACAUAAGACUACAAUCUUGGACAAAAUGAAUGGAAAACCUAGACUCCCCUCCCCCCAAAAUUAAAGAUGGGAAAAUACUAUGUUGUUGCCCCUGGCGCGACUUCAUCCUUGAUUCGGGGGAUGGGGGGUUUACUGUUCCAUUUUAUUCUGUCCAAGAGUGCAGUCUUGGACAAAAUAAAUGGAAAACCUAUAUCCCCUCUCCCCCAAAAAUCAAAGAUGGGAAAAUGGCAAGUUUUUUCCUUUUGUGCAGCUUCAUUCUUGAUUCGGGGGUGGGUGGGGGAAGGGGGAGCAGUGAUGGGGGUUUGCUGUUUCAUUUUAUUCUGUCCAAGAUUGAAGAUAAAUGAUGACAGACAACAUAAAGGUGGAUUAAACACCAACGGGAACAUGGCCUACUCCUCAAAAUCUGAAAUGCCUGUAUUUGAAAUUUAGACUAACGACAUAUGCCCCCCACCCUAAAAAGGCCUCAAUAAAAACAAUAAAGAACACUGGAAUGGUCUGAGUGAGACUUCAAUGAAAAAAAAGAAAUAGCACACAUCAAAAUUUUUCUUAAAAGUUUAUUUCUUUAAAUCAUAAGCUUUCAUCCACAGCCUCAAAAGUUGUACAUCUCUCCAUUACUUGGUAGAGCAUUGAAAUGGCCAGUAAUAUUUUUUUUUCUGGUCUCACCACAAACAUAAUAUUCAAUCCAUGAUUUUUCUUUUAUUAUACUGUUGUUAGAUAUCAGAUACUGACAUUCAAGGAAAAGCGGCUCCCAUAUAAUUGAUACUAUUUUUCUUUUAUAUCCAACUUUCAGAGUCCCUGUGCAAUACAUUAUUGGUGAGUGGGAUUUCCGAUAUUUAACUUUGGCAAUGAAACAACCUGUGUUCAUUCCAAGGCCUGAAACAGAGGUAAGCUAUAAAGAAUUGCUAAGGCCCUUUCUUCAACUUUCCCUUCAAUAUUCUUAUUUUUGUUCAAUAUUUCUGUUCUUACCUUUCAAGAUUAAUUUUUUAAGUAGAAUUUUUUUUAUCUUGAAUUUAGGAACUAAUAGAUCUGAUAGCCAGACAUCACGGCCUUGCUGACAACAAAGACAAGGAAUUUCUUUUUCUGGAAGUCGGCUGUGGUAGUGGUGCUAUCUGCCUGUCAAUACUUUCAGAAUUUCCUCAGGUAAUUGAUUUUCAUCAAGUAUAAUAUUAAUUCUAUUAAUUUUAUUAUUUAUUAAAAAAUGCACAUGAACAAGGAAAAAUCACUCAUGUUUCACCAUAGGACUGGUCAUGUGGGCUAGUUUUUUUCAAGGGGAAUGGGAGGGUGGGGAAUCCUAGCCGCCCAUUCAGCUACCUUCCCUCUUCUCCUAAAUCCUCUGAUGAUAAUCAUUUGUUCUACUAUUGUCUAGACAAGGUGUGUAGCUAUUGAUAAAAGUGAAGAAGCUAUCAGUCUUGCAAAACACAAUGCAGACAGGUUAGUGAUGACAGUUUAUUGUUACCAUAUUUAACCAAUAGUUUUGUCAAAGUCAAAAAAGACAAAAUACAAAAAUAUAAAAAAACAUUCAAGCUUUAAUUUGCCAUACAUGAGAAAGCAAAGGGAAACUAUGGAAACAUACUGCCUAAGAGAUCUCAUUUGUGUGAUGAAAGUAUGUGAUUUUCGUGGUUAAAACAUCAACCUAUAAACUGGUUAAAAGACUUGGGUUAGUUGGGAAUCAAACCCUGACCAUUGCGAUGUCUGGACAUAUAAGGCUCUCUAACCAGUGGGUGCGAUUCCUGGUCAAGCCUUAUUGUUUUUUAAGUUUUUUUUUUUUACUGCAUAACUUGGUAAUUUAACCGUCAAUAUCCGAGAUUGAGUAUCUUUCAUUUAACGAUUUCAUUGACAUUUAAAUGUUUCAGAUGCAAUGUUUCUGAUAGGAUUUCACUUUACCAUGCUGAUGUGGGUAAGUAUAAAGGACCUGUUUACAUGGAGGUAGGAGACCCUAGGUAGGUGAGGUAGCCCGCUUAGGUGGGGUAACCCGCCUGUCCAUAUAAUCUCUUGUUUUGAUUUGAUCACGUUUACAUGAUGUGUGAUGACCAUGUGAGAGAUUAUAUAGACAGGUGGGUUACCUCACCUACCUGGGGUCCCCACCUCCAUGUAAACAGGCCUAACUCAGCAGUUCCAUGUUUCGUGGAAUGUGUAGCUGAAAGUUUGUGAAAACUGCCCCCAGUUUGUUGCACAUUUCGCAUUUAAAAUAACGCCCGGAAUAGAGGUCAUUUUGUACCUAAAAUCUUGACUCCACUCGUGGCUUAAAUUAUCCCCUUAAAUUGAGCUCAGUCGGUAGAGCGCCUGACUGUAGAGCGGGAUUCCUGGGACUGGAUCAAUACUCAGGGUCUUAAAAUAACUGAGAAAUGAAGGUACUCCUUUGCCCUGUAAGCAGCUAGACCUUCGCGUGGCUUGAAGGACCACUUAAAAUGGCAGUCUUGUCUCCAGUAGGAGUAAAAAUAGUCUUCUCAAGUCUGUAGUAUAUUACUUCUAAAUACAUUGACACUCAAAUUAAGUCAAUUUAUUUCUCUACGUAACCCUUUUAAUGCUGAUUGCCAAAAUUUUUUACUUCAGGGUCUGUGUUGUCGAUAAUUGGCGCCAGAAAGUUUGAUGCUGUGAUAAGCAAUCCGCCCUACAUUCCUGCACCUGACAUGGCCUCGUUACAGCCUGAAGUUUCCAGGUAAGAAAAGUUUUCUCGAUAAAAGGAGUACGCGAUGACCUUCCGUUAGUUGACCGCAACAAUUUAAGACUAUCGUGAAAAUAAAACUAUGGAGCAAAUGGAGACGCGGUUAGCGUUAAUAAACCUAUGGCAGUGCGAGGCAAAUAAGCAUUCGAAAUCACCGUUCUUAUGUGUGAAUAGUAGUCUGCUACACAGCCGUUUUUAGUGUCGUCACGCAAUGCUCCUCCCCAAGUGGGGAGGAGCAUUGCGUGACGACACUAAAAACGGCUGUGUAGCAGACUAGUGUGAGCAGAAGCCUUAUCCGGUAUGGUUUUCGCGCCUGCGCAAAAGCAAUCCGGUAUGGUGUGUACUUAGCCUAAGAGAGGGAAGCCUUUUGGAUCCUUAUACGUUUCUGGGAAACUGCCCACCUACCCCUUCCCUAAGCCAAUAUUAACACUUACCUCUCACUUAGGGCAAAAUUUUGGCUGAGGGGAGGGGUAAAUCAGGAAGAAAAGGGUCGCGUGUCAAGGGCAGGAAAAUAUACUGGGAAAACGCAACCUCGUUUGCAAGGAGUCUCUUUUUGCAGUUUCUCCGACUUAGACGCGAAAAUGGCGCCCAACAUUUAUUUCAGUUUUUAUUGGUCAGUAAAAUACAAUCCGGAUAUUUUUUAAAAACGGACUUGAUUUCUUUCUCCGUUUUCGCCUUUCGUCCACAAGAAAAUGACGUUUUUCGGUCAUCAAAAAUGCAAGUUUUCGAAACCGGUUCCCAAAGUGUGUUAUUUUUUUAAACGCCCGCUUAUCGUUUUUGUAUAGACGGACGAAAACGGAGGUUUUCGAAUAAGGUGAUGUCAUUCGCCCUGUAAAAGAUACUAUCUCUUCUCCAUUGUAUUAGCGUUUUCGUGUGGACGGGGGAAAAUGAUUCGAAUACGCUACGUGUACGCGUAUUUGUUUGAAGGAAAACGGAGGGGAAAAAAUCUUCGUUUUCAAAACUAUCCGGAGACGUGUGAACUUUCGAUCCAGCUGCAUACCGUUACAGAUCAUAAUGGCAAUGGGGCUUAUCAGAACAGUUAGUAGUUUAAUUGAUUUUGUUUCACAUGGUUUGCUUUCCCUGUUAGGUAUGAAGAUAUGGGAGCGUUACAUGGUGGCCUUGAUGGAUUAGAUGUAGUAAAGAGAAUUUUACGCAUUUCUCCUGGACUCCUAAAGCCAGAUGGGUACGAUAUGAAAAUAAUGAUAGCAUUCUGACUUCGCAAACACGGGACAUUUUGAUAGGAAUAGUCUAUUGAUGGUAAAUCAGUAAGUUUGGCUUGCUUUUGAGAGGCCACUUUCUCGAAGGAGCGCAGGCUCUUUUUCCUAAGAGCGGCUGGUAAAUAAGCCUAUCCGUCAGUCAUCUGAUGCGGGUGUGUCUUUAUAAUUACACGCGCAGAACUGUAUUGUGUAUUCCUGCAAAAUACUAAUAGGUUAUAACCUCUUAGAUGUGGGAAAGAAAUAUGAGGAAACGUGUUCUCCGUCUUAUGCGAUGACUGACAAGAAACGCCCGGGAAAGCUAGAAGUGCAAUACCAGAAAAUUGGACUGAUUUUUAUAUUAUUCAUUUAUUUAUUCAUUUGUUUAUUCAUUUCUUUUCAGUUCCGUUUGGUUAGAGGUGGACAUUUCGCAUCCCCAGCAAAUAAAUCAAUGGAUCAGUAGCCGGGAUCUUGGUUUAAAAUACUCCGCGACCUUUAACGACUUUACAGAAAGGUAA